GUCAUCCGCGGCCAGUACACGAUACACGAUAACACACGAUAACGCGGAUAAACCACCACCACGUUUCUUCCUGUUUGCGCACGCCUUCAUCAAACACGUUCCUUCCUAAACAAAAAAUUUUACUUUACUGAUUCCCACUAUUAUUUCCAAAUUUUCGAGGUAGGCCUACCUAGCUGCCUAGGUUUGCAAAUCAUUUUAUGAGUCACUUUGUUGUCUCUACCUUGUAUGCCUUGUCUUGGAUUUGGUCAAUAUAAACUUUAUAUUACACUUUGUACGAACUUUACUCGGUUACUGAACACAAAUACAAGUUCGACCCGUGGACGAAGUUGAACUGGUGGACUUCGUAUAACAGGUACCUCCUAACCUAACCUGCUAUGAGAAUCUAUAAAGCUCAGUUCGACCAAACAAAAUAAAUAAAAAUAAAAAUAAAACAGUCUCUGUCCAAUAUGGUACGGACUCGCAAAGGCAACCUCUCCGUCGAGGAUUCCUGGCGUAUGGUUGACGGAAGUGAGAAUGAUAGUUUCGACACUACCGUUAUUCAGGACCCCUUCGACGACAACCCUAUCAUAUUCAGCAGCCAGUCCCAGCAGUCUCAACUGACUUCGUCAUCCCAAGCCCAGAGUAUUGCAUCUCAAGACAGCAUUCGUGACUUCGCCAACAACGCAGAUGAAGAUAAUGUCAUAUUGCGAGCUCCCUUCCAGCCUUCACUUGCCUCCACCAGAAAUACCUCCAUGGAUAAGGAUCUAACACCUGUUCCCGAAUUUUUUAUGCCCACCGUUGAAGUGGACAGCCAGCAAGGCAGCAGUCGUCGUUCGUCCAGGUCUGCUCAUCCCAUGAUUAACGCGUCGCAUUUUGUGAAAAGGAGAGGCAACCGCCGAGAGAGCGAUACAACUGCACGACAGUCUCAGCACAAGCCAAAUGAAUUACCCCGAGAACCCACGCUUUUGGAGAGAUUUACAGGUUCUAUACCCGGGUUUCUAUUUGAUCUUGCUGCCUGGCUUCUGGGUAUCUUUCGCUUGGCUUUUCGUUACGCGCAGUGGCCACUAGCCAUCCUCCUUGCGGUCUAUCUUAUCAUAGGAGCCGGCAUAAUGGCCAAAAACAUGAUUAUCAGCUCAGUCUCAGCGCCUCUUGCACCAUUAUGUCGGAUACCAGGCGUAUCCCUAGCUAACCUUCCGUUCUGCGCAAAAGAUUCACCUUCGGGGCAACGGGACGGUUCAUCGGUAGUCGAAUUUGACGAGCUGAUGAACGUGCAAGCCCAAUUUGAGAAGGUGCUAGAAGACUCGGCGCAGGGCGUCUCAUUGCCUAUGGAUAUGAAGCGCUCGGAAGCGUCCGUCCGAGACCUACGUACAAUGGUCAAAUAUAGCGAGCUGCCAACUCGCGCCGAGCUGGUCCACGAGUUUGAUAAUUAUAUCGAAAUCGUCCGUGCAGGUGCUAAUGGCUUGCAAAUGUUCAACACUCAUGUUGGCGGCGCAGUCGAUAGCAUCAUUAGCAUCAAUCGUUGGACAUCACGGUAUAUCGACUCGAUUGCCAUGAACCGCGAGGCGCAUAACAACAUGCUAUCGCGCUUCAGCGAUUGGGUCUUUUCUCCUUUCCAAGUGUCGGUGUUCGACGAGCGUGCUCUAUUAGAAAAGUACGUCGAGCACACGGCCCUGGUAUCGGACAAGAUUGCAAACCUCAUUGUCGAGGCACAGGGAAUUAUGCGCAUACUCAGCGAAGCAGAGAAUUCCUUGGAGGUUAUCAAUGAGCAUGUAGUGCGUACAAAUAACGUGGUGAAAGAGAAGCAUGAUGAAGUGUUUUGGGAUAUUUGGACGCUGGUAGGGGCUAAUCACCGUCGUCUUCACAACCUGAAAGCACAGCUUGGCCUGCUACAACAAGUCGAUACACAACGAAACUCGGCGGUUCAACGACUAGACAGUUUGGUACAUGACCUGUACGACAUUCAGACGAAAUUAAGCGACCUGAGAGAUCGAGUGGCCGCCCCAGAACUCCUAGCAGACUACUCGACCAUACCACUCGCCGUGCACAUCGAGACUAUCAACGCUGGGGUUGAGAGACUCGAGUCUGCACGAAGUCGCAUCAGGGCUGAAGAGAAUGAACGAUUACGACAAGCGUUGCAAAGGUCGAGAGAGGACGAUCACUUGAUCGACGGUUGAAUCAACCAAUAACAGCAUUUCUUGUUAAGCGUAUGAAUUAUAGGUAUGAUGGAAUCCGGUAUUAAAGGCAAUGGGAGUUUAAGGAUAAGUGUUUAUAGAAGAACACUGCAUCACUGUUAGUGCAUAUUCUCGGAUGCGGGACAUGGCAGGUUUCGGCAUAGGUCAUGAGAGGCUAUAAAUGAGGUACUGGAAUAUAAAUGUUACAAUUAUGCCCAAAGGAAUGAUUUGCCUGGGUAUGUGACAUGUUAAAUCGGCAUACAAUCAUAGUUAUAACCAUCGUGGAUAAUUUUCUCUAGUGAAUAGGUAGCGAUGGAAUUACGAAAGGGAGGUGAAAUUCAUGGAAUGGGACAGCGGUCGAUAGAAAAAGGGGCCAGUGAGCGAAUGCUAGUAAAUGACAACACGAUUAAAAUGCAACCAACCACAUUACACCGGGGUAUAUACUUUUAUUCCGAAGCUAUUGGCAGUGAUAUGAAUAAGAUUUCGACAAAUGAAAAAGGCAAAAAAAGACAAAAC